CGUCGGCGGUGGCGCGUGCCGCUGGUGUCCUCGGAUUUCAAAAUCGGGGCCGCGGGCGCGGAAGAAGGUGCGCAGGUCCUUUGGAUGAGAACUUGACUGGGCCGGCGCGGGCGCGCGUCGAAGGCCAACGACUGGCAGCGUGCGUCGGGCAGGAGCUGAGGAGACCUCGAGACGUCCCAGUUGGUCAAAGCCGCCGAGUAUUGGCCCCAAAACUAGGAUUGACUGCCGGGAGUUUGCUUGCUAGUGUGUUACCACACGCUAGCUGCGCAAGCUAGGCGGCCCGGCCGUACGAGCUUUGUACGGUAGUGUGCCGCACGCGAGGACCGUCAGUGGCCCCAUUCGUGCCCACGGAGGGGCCGCACCAGCGGUUCGGGCAGAGGCGUGGAAUUCAAGCACCUCUCACGACGUCGCCGCGACAGCCCUCUCUCGAGACGCACCGCAGCGAUGCCAGUCCGCCUCGUGAUACGUAACUUCCCGCCACACGUCGAUGCUGAAAACGCGUCGGCCUUUGUAGCUCAAGCCGCAGCGCGCGGCGCGCCGGUCCGCUGCGAGACCCUGUACUACCGCCGAGGCAAGCCAAAGACGAAGCGCGGCGUCCGCCUCGGCUCGUUGUAUGUGGAGGGCGAUAAUGAUGAGGCGCUCGCCGAGCAACUCGCCCGGGCGGGGCCGCCGCCGCCGCCGCCGCCGCCGCCACCUUCAGACGACACGCAGCCGCCGCCUCCACCAUCAAAACGGCCGCCCGUGCCGCUCGUCGUCGAACGCGCGGCCUUCGACCGCGUGUUUCGGGCGCCGACGCGCCCGGACCGCCGCGCGGGCACGUGGCUCGAGUCGCCGGAAUACGCCGCAUUUAAAGCUUAUGACCCGCGCCAAGCUCGCCCGAAGACGAAGCGCGACACGCCCGUCGCGCUCCUCGACUACCUGAACGCGCACGGCUCCGUGUUUCGCAAGGCUGGUAUAACCGCUAAGAAGCCGAAGAAAAAAAAGAAAAAGAAGGUUGCGGAGGAUGGCGCGAAGAAGAAGCCGAAGAAGAAGCGGGAAUGGCCUCGGAAAAAGAAGGAGCGGCCCGUGAUCCGGCCGCCCGCCGCCGCGUGAGCGCGUCGCGCCGAUGGCGUCUUGGCGCGGGCGACGAGUUGCGGGCGACGUUGCUUUCGAGCGUCGCGCCGACAGGGUGCUUGCGCCCCCCUACGCCACCGACGCGUGCGAUACCGCGUCGACGGCGGCGUACGUACGCGGGCCGACGCGGGACGGCCCCGCGGCUGGAGGGCGACGCGCCGACCGCCGCGCCUAGACGACUAAUUAACGAAGUGUGCACUGAAAGGUGAAUUCUUAGCCCCUCUCCAAA